CAUUCGUGACACCGAAUGCAUGCGUUACACACUCGAGCGGUUCUCGCCGGCGCGGCGAGCGGAGCAGCCGGGAAGAGGGAGCCCUCAACAAUUUACUCAUGGCAUGAUCGUCCGUGUGAGUGGGGAUUCUGCUAUAAGAAGAUAAAUGACAGUACAACGAGUCAGUUUACGGUUGGACCAUCGUACGCGCGACAUCAGCUGCGGAACCUCGAAGUUCUCAUUUUGUCCACGUUCAUCUGCGAAAGCCGCUGGCAGCGUAUUGCGAAUUUUUUCACGAGCACGAGGAAAGACACCGAAGAGGAUAACAUGUCGGUCAACUUCAGAAGCGUUCUCAUAAGCGAUCCCGUGGACGAGUCUUGCGGGGCGCUGCUCGCCGAGCACGGUAUUCCGGUAACCACGAAAUACAGGCUACCGAAGGAUGAGCUAAUCAACGAGCUGCAGGUGGGUGAAUUUAAUGCCGCAAAACUGCAUGGAAUAGCGAGCAAUUUCCUGAGAUUUAUUAAAUCGAAGCGAACCGUCUGAUGAGGGUUCAUCUUACACAAAGUUAUAUAUUCCGCUCAAUAUCCGAUAUCGAAGAUUGGUUAUAAAAACGGAGCGAUCUUUAUGGAGAGAGAGAACGUAAUUUAAACUCUAAAACUUCGAAAGGAAUUAAUUUAAUAAGUUAUUUCGAUUCUUUCCCCGUUCUCUAAUAUUCCACAACGUUCUGAUCCUAAAUUCUUAAAGACUAUUCUAAAUUUUAAUCGCAAGAUGACAUUGAUUGUUCCCAAUUAAAGAUAUCGGUCUUUUUACAACUUUUUUUUACACUUCUGAACUCAUAAAACUAAUUUUAAGCCUGAUUUAUUUUAAAGGCAGCACACAUUUAUAAAUUACUAACUGCAGUCAUUGCUUCCGUGGAUUCCAUGGACUCAAUCAUUGUUUCUAUUUUAACGAUUAUCUAAUCGUAACAUAAUCGAAAAAUAUCCACAAUUUAAGGAAAAUUUGUUGCUCAUUUGUAUCCAUUUAUUAUCGAGUAAUAUUUGUAUUAUGAAGCUUUCAAGAUUUAUUCGUUUCGAAAUAGCAUAUCUAUAUUGUACUAUUAUCUAUAUCUAUAAUAUAGAUAUAGAUAAGCGGUAGAUUUUAACGAUAAGCAAUCAAAGUACGAUGAGGUAUAAUCACUACAAGCAUCCAUUGUACUUUUCAUCUCAGAUAUUGAUUAGUAAAGUGCACCCACGCAUUCGUGGAUAAAAUUAUAGACAAUGACGAUUUAAUCGUCAAAAAAUCGCGCGAUUUAUCUUCUCUCAAGAGUAGUUGAAAUCACGAUUUUUAUCGAUAAAGCGAUCGAGUGAAAAAUAUCAGGUAUCAUAUGAGGAGAUUCAUCGAGUCAUCGAUAACAUUAGAUUGCGUUGGAAUUUGUGUGCGGAAGAUAAACACACUUAUGAUAAUGAAUCUCCCGUCGAGAAGUUAUGGCGGCAAAGAUAUGUAGAAAUAUUUUUCAAACGCAAGUCUGUACACGAGCCAAAUUUUUUAGAUGCUUUUAUUGUUAGAUGGCAGACACGAAAAUAUAUAUUUUUAUAGUAAAAUGCAGAAAAUUGUGCGAUUACAGUCAAACUGUGUUUCAUCGUGGAUAAAUAGGCUUCGUUUUCGUUCACGCGCUAAACCGUUUCUGCCAAUCAAAUACUAUCUGCAAAUAUUUUUUUUCUAUAGUAUACGCUUUAUAGUAUACGCCGAUAUCCGGCGUAAUCCGGAUUUCGAUAAGCCGAUUGAACUUACGUAAGGAUGGGUUCUGUUUUAUAUAAAUUGACACCAUCCUGCUAUUCCGUACCAAACGUAUAUUUUAAAAAAUUGACCAAAUUGUCGUUUUCUUUUAACCAUAUAUGUAAAUAAAAAAUACGUAAUUAAUUUAUAAUAUUUUGUUAACUGGGCGACUGCUGGUUAGCACUAUUCUAGUUAUUUAUAAGUACUAAAGAGGAAAAUAAAUCUAACAGUAGUAUAUUUUUUUUAUACAUUUAUCAUUACAAUUAGCAAAAAAAUUAUCUAUGUUA